AUGGAACCUCGCCCUAUUAUUACACCAGGCAAGGAAAAACGAAAGAGGGUAUCAAACAGUGAAGAGCUUCUGUCUACGGCUGCUAUACAGAAACGUCGGAAAGUUGAAGAUGAAUCAAGCUUAACACUCAAUCAAGUUCUAUCAGUUGAAUCUUAA